AUGGUACAGUCAGCCCUGAACCAUCAGCCGGCUGAUCGUCUGGGCGGAGUCCCACCGAUCACGACCUUCCUGGCUCUGCCGGCCAGUACCCCGCUCCAUGCUCUCUUCCACCCGCGGUUGAAGGAGCAGGCAACGGUGGGCUGGCUGGCGAAGAGCCAGCAAGGGCAUCUGCGGGCGGUGGCCUCCGCCCUCGAGCGGAUGCACAAGAACUGCGUGGAGAGCGCUGUGACCAAGCGCGAGAACAAGCGCAAGCAGCGCGAGAAGAAGCAGGGCGUGAAGUGCCCAAGCCUGGCCCUGGGUUACUUCGUCUUGGCGGCCCGAGUGGUCAAACACCCGAACAAGCUGUCCCUUCACUGGAAAGGGCCGUACCGAGUGGUGCAAGUCAAGUCCGACCACCUCAUGGAGGUGCAGCAACUAGUGCCCCCACAUGACGUCAGCCUCCACCACGCCAGCCGGCUCAAGCUGUACUCCGAAGCCGAGCGCGACGUUGCCGAGGAUCUCGUCGAGCAGGUCGCCUUUGGAGACAGCGGGUUCCAUGUGGAGGCCCUCGAGGACAUCCGCGACAACGCCGGCCGCUUCGAAGUCAAGGUCAAGUGGCUCGGCCUGGAUGAGGCUGAAGCCUCGUGGGAGCCAACGGCCGCGCUGUACGAGGACAUCCCGGUGAUUUUCCGCCGGUGGACCAAGUCCAACCCGAAGUUGAAGUUCAUGUCGACCAUGCUGGCCGAUGUCGAAAAGGAGGACACCGUCUUGACAAACGUUAGUUUGAAAAUGCUGCCACCCAAUACGACUGCUUAUCUCCAACCCCAAGAUGCUGGGAUCAUCGCGUCCUUCAAGGCGAAGGUCAAACAGCGGCAACUGCAGAACGCCUUGGAGCAGAUAAACUGCGUGAUGGCUGGUCGCCAGGACAAGCUCUACGAAGUGCCACUGGUCGAAGCCAUGGCCUGGGCAAAGGAUGCCUGGCACGACGUGACGACAACAACGAUUGUAAACUGCUGGUCCAGAACGGGCAUCCUUCACAGUGAUGCCCGGUCAGAACAGAGUUCGGAACCAGUGACUGCAGCAUAA